UUUAACCGAGGCAGUCGUGAAAAACUCACCGACCUGGUGAGGCGAUGCGCCUCAAUCGCCCCAACUCCUGCGUACAGCGGGUCAUCAUUAUCCUCAUGACAUACCACAGACGUGCAAUCACAGAUUUACAAACAUGAGAGACGUUUGACAAUCGAAGAAGAUGGCGAGCAGUACGGAGGACUACGGCUCAGAGCUCCAGGAGCUCCAAUGGGGUGGUGGUGGGUCCUCUCACUUUCUCCGUAACAGCGGAGGUGGAUUUUUGAGAGGUGCAGGUGGUGGUGGUGGUGGUGGUGCUGGUGGAUGCUAUGAGGCUGAAGAUCUUGAGCCAUCAGGAGGCAGAAGUCGAAGUACUCAGAACAGAGGGUACUACAGUCCACCUGGAACAAGCUACACUAUCGUCGAGAGACCACCCAGUGCACCCCAUCAUCAUUCAUCCCAUGCUACUCCGUACAGACAUCGGGGACAUGGAGCUGGUGGUGGAGCUAUCUCACCGGAACAAGUCUUGAGAUUAUUUAACAAUGGAGUAGCGGAGAGACGGCAAAAUGAGCGUCGCACCCCAGCUUCAAGUCCAGCAAGUGUUUCAGCCCUUCGUGGAGUGAGUUCUGCCUCUCAACAGCAGACACAACCCGCGAGCUCAACCCCUCAAUCCCCUCAAGCCCUCAGCCUCCAGGAACUCACUGUCAGAACAAUUACCAUGACUCGGGAUCCACCUGACUCUCACCAUGGCUUUGGCAUCUGUGUCAAAGGUGGCAAGGACGCUGAAGCACAGUCAGGCGUGGGUGUGUACAUCUCAAGGGUGGAAGAGGGUUCUGUGGCAGAGAGAGCUGGCCUCAGACCUGGUGACACAAUCCUUGAAGUUAAUGGAACUCCCUUUCGCGCUGUCACACACGAAGAAGCCCUCAAGAUGUUGAAGUCCUGUCGUACCUUGAGUAUGACAGUGCGAGGUCCAGCUUUAGAUCCAAGAUGUCGUGGUGGUCAUCCGGUGUGGUCAAGCUCUGGAAGACAACAGUCAUGUUCCUGGAUGGAUCGUCAGGGUCGACCAGCAUCACCACCGCCACUGCAUCCUCGUGACUCGCGUUAUGGUUCACGAACCCGAAAAGUUGAGCUCUGUAUCGAGCCAGGACAAUCCCUAGGGUUGAUGAUAAGAGGUGGACUAGAGUACGGUUUAGGAAUCUACGUGACUGGAGUUGAUAAGGACAGUGUGGCCGAUCGUGCCGGUCUCUUGGUCGGCGAUCAAAUAAUCGAGGUGAAUGGAACGAGCUUCGAAGAGGCCACGCAUGACGAAGCUGUACAGAUAUUGAAGACAAACAAACGUAUGAGUCUGGUGAUUAGAGACGUUGGUAAAGUUCCUCAUUCGUGUACGACGAGUCGGCCAAUCGUCGUGCCAAGCUCAAGGUACCAGGAUCAUGAUCCACAAAUGAUACUGGAAAGCCCUGGAAAUCGUCCACCUAGUCCUUCUAGUGGUACAAGUGAAUGGAGACAUCGGGUCCACUCGGUCUCUUCAGCAACAGCAGCAAUGGUGGAGGAAAAGGCUCGGGUUGUUCUAGCAAGAAGUGAACGUGCAGCCCUCUCUCAACUCCUUGCGGACUACAGGAUACGAAGACUAACGAUUGAGGAUUUAGUGGCUUCCCUGGCUGAUCUUCUGAACACCCACGAAAAGCUCACUCUUCUUACCGAACUCCGGGAGCUCGUUGACAGUAAAGACAGGGCAGCUUUUGAUGACCUCGUCUAUCGUCCAAGGGCCACCAUCACUCGAAGAAAAGGCGAUAGAGCACAUUCGGAUCUCGUGGUGACACCCUCUAUACAUGACCUUCCGAGGAGUGGUGGUCGUCCAGGAAGGCUGGUGGACAUCGAGGGAGAUCCUCUGGGUGUAACUGGACCCUUGCUGACGCGGGAGAACCAGGAGUACCGGUCACCGAGUGAGGACAGCGGCCUGGGGGCUGAUAUGCCCAGAAUUAGGCCGGGUUGCAGACGUGCCCAGCAACAUCAGGUAGCCACAUCCGACCUCGCCCUCUCCAAUGAUGAUGAGUGCGACAAUCAGGAUUACGAAGACGAGAUUGAGAGCGACAGAGGCAGAAGACACAGCUCUCCAAGUGGCUCCCGAGGGAAUUCCCGGGAUUACGUACAUCAUCAUCUGCACCCCGACAAUUUGGAGAGCGACGGCGGUUGUGAAGGUAGCGACGCUGAGAUGAUGGGUAAUGGUCGUCGUGAUACUGAGGAUGAGGACGAAGGAAGGGAAGAGAGGAGCUCGGAGGGUGGAGGUGGGGGAGGUUUCGGUGGUUGGAGAUCACACCUACUUGGUGGUCUUACUCAACGCGUCAAGUCCUGGUACUGGGGCGCCAGACCCCUCGAAUUGGCUCACAAGCUAUCGAGGAGCUUUGACAUGCAGGAGGCGCAAUUAUUGGAGGAUGGAUCGACUGCUGGUGGUGCUAUUGGUGCCUCUGGUACCGGGGGUCCACCCAGAAGACAUCAUAGCGCACAAAGACUCGCUAGGAGUGAAAUAUCGGAGAGAAGAGAGGAGGAUGGAGCACUCGUUGUGCCUGAUCAUCAAGGAAAUCUCAGGAUCACUGUCAAGAAAACUAAAUCGAUACUCGGUAUUGCUAUCGAGGGGGGAGCCAAUACCAAGCAUCCUUUGCCCAGGAUAAUUAAUAUACAUGAUAAUGGAGCCGCUUAUGAAGCCGGUGGUCUUGAAGUCGGUCAGCUCAUCCUCGAGGUUGACGGGCACAAAGUCGAAGGACUGCAUCAUCAGGAAGUAGCACGACUCAUAGCUGAAUCCUUUGCGAGGCGUGACCGCAAUGAGAUUGAAUUUCUCGUUGUUGAGGCAAAAAAGAGUAAUCUGGAGCCAAAGCCAACGGCCCUUAUAUUCUUGGAGGCGUAGCAGGAAUCUCCCACCUCCGAGCCGGAACCACCGUAAAGCACCUUGUGAAAAUCGUGAGAUCCAACUCCCUUGCAUCCAUACAUUUCCCCCUCCUCCCCUAUUUAUUCUCUUGAUUAUUGGUGCUUGAUCGAGACCUCAGGGUCAUCGUGAUCGAGGUACUGCCAUGUUUAACCGCAGCUUAAAAUUCCUACAAAAAAUUCUACAAAUACAAUAACAAUAAUCAUAAAAAAAAGGGUUUACAAAAUGAAAAUUGAUCAAUCCAAAAUAUUCUCCUUGACAAUGAAACGUAAAAUUGUGAUAUGUUUGAUACAUAAUUAUUCUAGAAUGUUGCGAGAUACCGUUACGUGGGGCUAAAAUUUAUAAUGAUUUUUUAUUUGAAAUGUCAAUGAAGAAUAUUAUAAAAGUAAACAUGAAGUGAUUUUUUGAAGGCAAAGCGAUAACGACACAGCGAAUAAUUGUAAACAUAAUACCUCGACCAAUUGACCAAUCAAUAAACCCCAUCACCUCUCAUUUUUUGUAUCCAACGAAUUUCAUAAUUAAUCCGGCGGAUGGUGGGAAAUUAAUUGAAAAAACCGGCUUAAAUGGCUUGAAUGUACCUCAACGAUGCGAGAUAAUGCAACGUACAGGCGACAGUGGUCAUGUUAAUCACCCAAUGGGCAUAUGAAAAUUAAAUCUAAACCAAUAUCUAAGGGAGAACAAAUACCAUGAGAAAUACCGUCAAAGAAUUCCUGGUAAUGAUAAACUGAUAAAGGAGAGUCGCCAAUUGUGCCAAAAACACACUCGAGGAUUUCUUUAAUAAAGAAAGCAAAAUGUAAACUUACAGAUACACAAACACUUGUUCAAAGUUGAACUGAAUGCUUGAAACGUACAGUGUCAACAAAAUUAGGAUAACUAAACACCUAAUUUCGUGUCUCAGUGAAGAGGAAAAAUUGUAACGUGCAAAUAUGGGGGGAAAAAAAAGUUAAUAGAAGAAAUGUUGACUAAUUCAUUAUCAAAGAAAUCAAAGACACGAGCUGGCCUCGACUGUCUCAAAUUAGCAAUUCCUUGUUUUGUUUCUCUCAUUGCGAAAAAAAAUCUUGACUCAUUUCACGCGCGAAAAAAUGAUUUAAUUCUGAGCAUGAAUAUGAGAAAAAUUUAUUGGUCGAGCCAACUCGAGUACUUUGACCUGAUAACAAUAGACUUAUUUACGGGAAUUGUUGAGGCUUAAAGAUUAUUAUAAAUAAAUGUAUAUAUACUUGAAGUAAAGAAAGACAUUAUUAAAUUAAUUAUAAUAGGAUCGGUUAAUUAUUAAAGCUUUUCAGCCUUGAGGAGAUUUAAAGAUCGAUUGUGUACUGUAAAAAGUGGGAAGAGGAGGUCUAGUCCACGAGCGAAAAUGAAUUCAGUACUUCAGAAAUCAUAAAAAGGAGACAAAUAUAUUUAUAUUAGCAGGAAAUAAAAAAUCACAGCAAUUACAUUAAUCAUCAAAUCAAAAUUUAAUAAAAUCGUGGAAAUGUUAUCGACAUCAGAUGCUAUUCCUAUAAUUUAUAGAGCUUUGCCUCAAUGUGAGAGCAACGGUACUGAGGAUUACUUUGGCAGAGUGACCUUCAAGUAAAAAACAUCCAGAAACUGUCGUUAACACUUAAUGAGAAUUACCACUGGUUCUGCGUGACACACCCAUUGCCGAUCCAAUUAGCAAACAGACGGUAAUGUGCCAAAGUCAUUAAAAAAAAAAUGGGAAGAGAUUGAAUAAAACCGAAGUAGUCUAGUAGGUCGAUAGAGCAUGAAGAAAUAAUGUGACAAAUAAAAUUGGCGUGACAAAACGAGAUGAAAAUAAAACACCGGUAACUAGGGCAUGGGGUCAUCAAUUACACAUAAAUAAUAUCAAUCACUUGUUUUUUUUUUUCAAUAAUUUAUUUGUAGCACGCACAAAUCGCCUGGAAAUUCGCACCAACUUUCCAACAAUUUUUAAUUGAUGAGUAAUUAUUGAAUUCGAACGAGUGAAUAAGCACCGGAUCGUCAUGGGAUAUCGAUUGAACUCUUACCGAGACGAAUGAAAUUUAUACUAAAUGAAUAUUUUUGUAAGCGGCUGUAUUAAAGACACUCGCUCAGGCCAGACAUUUCAGCUGACAUAUCCGACAAUGCCUUACGCUUUAUGUGUUGAUGAUAAAUCGUGCGAAAUCCUCACAUUUGGGAAUAAAAUCUGUCUACAGUAAAUAUUAAUAAUGACGAUAUGAAAAUGAUAAUUCAAAGACCAUGAUUAUCAGUUAGAGCAAUGAUCACCGGAUGAGAACAAUUUUUCGAUCGAAUGACGAAAAAUUCAUUGAUUUGUUGUUAGAAAAUUCUGUAGAUUAUUUUAGAGCAAUCCUCGGCUGUUGUCUCGUUAACUCGUACCUUACUAGGGGCUAGAACUAGAUAAAUCUAAACAUUAGGAAAAAUUAUUGUUUAAUUAAGUGAAAAAAUACCAAUGCUCCACCUCCCCUUCCCAAAAUCAUUCUGUUCAAAUCAUUUGAAUGAUAAAUCCAAGAGUCCAAGUAAAUAGAAAGUUAUCAAGACGACGAAAUGUGUUAUCGGAGCGUCAAUAAUAAGUUCAAUGAUCCACUGAAUAUAAAAUUGUGAGAAUUCAAAUAUUUAAGUUGAUAAAGUUAACACCGUGUAUAUAAUAUAUAAAUAAAUUAUACAUAAGCGCUCGUUCAUACUGCAUUUCAUAGUCCGGUCGGAUAUUAAAAUAAAUAUACAUAAAUUUUUGCAGAGUUUAACGCGUUUAUGACAUGGGGAGAGUUUUUCGCCGAAUUAACGUUUGUUUGUUUAAUAUGGUUAUUUGUUUGUGCGCUGAUUGAUAUUCAUUAGAUGGAAUGUAAAAAAGAAAUCAUGAAUAUAAACGUGUAAUUGAAUUCUA